GGCCGGUAAAAUGCCAUGGCUGGCUAGUAACGGACUUCCUUAGUAGUGCACCUGAGUGAGGCAACCUUCUCGGGGGUCCUUAGGCAAUCAAAAUUCACCAGACCCAGCCACGCCCAACUCCCCGGUGCCCACAACCGUCAGUCAUCUGACCAUUCUGGUCUUGGUCAGGUGACAGGGGCGGAGCACAUUUGACAGAAGACGGAAGACCGGGAAGUGCUACGCCAGCCUCCGACGGAGGCAAAGAAAGUCAGGGGCUGUCCUGGUGUCACGCGGGUCCCAGAGGUUCCCCCAUGCUAAUGCGCGUGCGCCUGGCACUCCUGCUGCCGCUCCUGCAGCUGCUACCGCUCCUGUCACAAUGCAGGACCACGAGUCCCCCGCGGUACGACCCCACGUGGGAGUCUCUGGACAGCCGCCCUCUGCCCUCCUGGUUCGACCAGGCCAAGUUCGGCAUCUUCAUCCACUGGGGAGUGUUCUCCGUGCCCAGCUUCGGUAGUGAAUGGUUCUGGUGGUAUUGGCAAAAGGAAAAGAGACCCAAGUUUGUGGAUUUUAUGAACAAUAAUUACCCCCCUGGUUUCAGAUAUGAAGAUUUUGGAGUACAGUUCACAGCCAAGUAUUUCAACGCCAACCACUGGGCAGAUAUUCUCCAGGCCUCUGGUGCCAAAUAUGUUGUCUUAACUUCCAAACAUCACGAAGGCUUUACCUUGUGGGGUUCAAAGUAUUCCUGGAACUGGAAUGCCGUUGAUGAGGGGCCGAAGAGGGACAUCGUCAAGGAACUUGAGGUGGCCGUCAGGAACAACACGGCCUUGCGCUUUGGACUGUACUACUCCCUGUUUGAAUGGUUCCACCCGCUCUUCCUGGAGGAUGAGGCCAGUGUGUUCGAGAAGCGGCACUUUCCCACUUCUAAGACGUUGCCUGAGCUCUAUGAGUUGGUGAAUAAGUACCAGCCCGACGUUCUGUGGGCGGAUGGAGAUGGGGGCGCACCAGAUCACUACUGGAACAGUACUGGCUUCUUAGCCUGGCUGUACAAUGAAAGCCCAGUUCGGAACACGGUAGUCACCAAUGACCGCUGGGGAGCUGGUUCCAUCUGCCAGCAUGGCGGCUACUAUACCUGCAGCGACCGUUAUAAUCCCGGACAUCUUCUGCCCCAUAAAUGGGAGAACUGCAUGACAAUAGAUCAGUUCUCCUGGGGCUACAGGCGGGAAGCUGGAAUCGGUGAUUAUCUUACAAUUGAAGAAUUGGUGAAGCAACUUGUGCAAACAGUCGCGUGUGGAGGAAAUCUUUUGAUGAAUAUCGGUCCCACACUAGAUGGCAUCAUCCCUGUAAUUUUUGAGGAGCGAUUACGGCAGAUGGGAGAGUGGCUCAAAGUCAACGGGGAGGCUAUUUAUGAAACACACCCUUGGAGAGCUCAGAAUGACACAGCCACUCCAGAUGUGUGGUACACAACUAAACCAGAGAAAAAAAUAGUCUACGCUAUUUUUCUUAAGUGGCCCAUCUCAGGAAAGCUGUUUCUUGGCCAACCUGUAGGUAGUCUGGGGGAAACAGAGGUAGAACUCCUGGGCCAUGGGCAGCCGCUGACCUGGGCUUCUUCAAAGCCAAAUGGGAUCACAGUGGAGCUGCCACACCUAAGUUUGCAUCAGAUGCCCUGUAGAUGGGGAUGGACUCUCGCACUAACAAAUGUGACUUAGCCUGCAGCUGGGAGACGCACGCCACAGUUGGACCCAGACCAUGGAAUGGUGUUACCUACAUGGAGGGUGGACUCGUCAGGAAGCUGAAAGAUAAACGCUUGUGCACCAUUAGCUCUGUUGAGAGAGCCAAGGAACCAAACCAAUGCCAUGACAGACUCCAGGCGUGCCAGGGACCAGGCCAGUUUCGGCUUACUGGAAUUGAACAAGCAGUUCUUGGAAAGACCACAGCUCUGAUAUAACCAAGCAGUAAGCGCUCUGCAGCAUUAUGGAAGCUCGAGAUAGCUAAAAAUAGCUUCUCCCACCCUGCUGCUGGAAAGUACCUAACCACUGAGCCACCAACCAAUCCUAUACAACCUAUAAACUUUGUGUUUAAACCCACCAAUCAGCCCCCAGACAAACCUGCAUGCAGGCAUUUUUAUUCUCAAAUUAAACAUUCUUGUUGAUUGCA